AUGAGGGUUUGUUUGAAAAGCAUACUAAUAAAACUGUUUACAGAAUUGAUUGCAAUCAAAAUAGUGAAAAUAGUAGUGCCAGAAAUAAUACAGUACGGUAUGCAAGACGCUGUGAUUCUAGACUGUGACUAUACUUACGGUAACAACACAUCGGGACUGGUAGUGAAGUGGUUUUUCAGAAACAAGGCUAGACCUGUCUACCAAUGGAUCGUGUCGCAAAAGCCACAGUACAUGGGGAUAUUGAGAGGACGAGUUGACUUAGCCUACAGAGUAUCAAAAGAUCCAUUAAAAAUGUACAGAGCACUUCGAAUAGUUAAGCCCAAUACUGACAUAUCUGGUGAUUACACGUGUGUCGUUUCAACAUUUAUGGAAGAGGAUUCAAGAACUAAGCAAAUGAUUGUUUUUGUACCGGAGACAAACUUCCGCCUGAUCCAGAACAAGACUGCCGAUGACACUGUGAACGUCAUAUGUGCUGCGGCCGGAGCGUUUCCUGCACCAAACCUCACGCUAGCCACACCUGAGAGACGUGCUCAGUUUACUUUAAUGACUGCAGAUAUGCCAGAGUUUGUAGAUUUUCCAAGAAUGGAUGAGAACGAAUUAUUAUUAUUCGCUCUGGGCGUUUAUCAACUAAAACUGGCCAAAAGCUAUUACGGUGGGCACGUCCUUGACAAUGGAGCAUUCACAAUUGAGCUCAGCAAUGAGUUAUCAAAUGAAGACUUGGCGGAAUUGCAGGGCAAUGAUUUAUGGAUGAUAAGAGGCCGACUGCAAUCGCGGCAACACGUGUUUCUUCCAUUAGGACCCAUUAGCACAACUUCAGAAAUGCCGACCGCGGCUGACAUGCAACUCGCUGCGGCUAUUGGCUCUAAAGGAACAAGCACGUGCACAGUUACAGCAUUGGUUUUGCUACCAGCUUUAGCUCAGUCAUUACUGGCAGUCAAAUGA